CCUGACAACUAGUACCGUACGGAUUCUACACGACGCACGACUAUUUUAUACAUUCGUAAUAAGUUAACAAAACUCGUUGAAAAUGCAUUCAUCAAGAUGGUAGAGUCGCUGCAAAUGUUUUUAUUCCUUUUCAAAUCAAAAUACAGACGAAAAUGUUGUUGGUUCUCGCCCUUUUUGUGUUCAGUUCUCAUAGUGUUAUUGUUUUGUAAUGGUGUUCUAUCGAACUGUAGUGACCACAACUGUGUAAAUGGUGUGUGUAGGAAUGAUACUUGCGUGUGUAAUGAGGGCUGGCAGGGUCCUGAGUGCCAGCACUGCGGCGGGAAGAUCAAGCUAACAGAACCGACGGGUAUAAUAACGGACGGCGCUGGCAACUACAGCGUGAGCACGCAAUGCUCCUGGCUGAUAUCGCCGCCGUGGCUCGGCCCCGGCCCGCCGGCGAUCCGGGUGCGACUCGAGAGCUUCGCCACUGAGUGCGGAUGGGACCAUAUGUAUGUGUACGAUGGAGAUAGUGUUAGGGCUGAACGGCUCUUGGCUGUUUUUAGUGGUGUCCUCGAGGAGGGCGAGUCCGGUUGGAGUCGGCAAGUGAUAGCCCGGUCGGGCAGUGUGCUCAUACACUUCUUCUCCGAUGACGCGUACGCGAUGGAGGGCUUCAAUGUCACGUACGCCGCUUACUCCUGCCCCUCGAACGAUCAUCGCACCAACUGUUCCAAUCAUGGUGAAUGCGAAGAAGGCACUUGUCGUUGUGAACCUGAAUGGAUCGGCGUGGCUUGCGAUCAGCCUUUGUGUCCUGACAAUUGCAACGCCCAAUACGGCGCCGGCCAGUGCACGAAAGACGGCUGCGCCUGCGCACCCUCGCGCCGCGGCCUCAACUGCAGCCGCGACGCUUCGCUCGCGUCGUGGGCGUGGGGCUGGCGCGAGCGCGGCGAGGGCGGAGCGCCGCCGCCGGACGCGCCUCCGCCACCCGCCGCGGGGCACUCGCUGCUGGAGUACGGGGACGAUCUGUUGAGGGUCGGCGGGGAGACGUUUGCGCCGGCUGAGUUUGUUUAUAGAUAUAAAACAGCGAAACGCGAGUGGGUCGCCAUGGAGGCGAAAGGCGAGAUCCCGGCGUUGCGUUUCGCGCACUCAUCCAUUAUCUAUGGCAACGAGAUUAUUGUCUACGGCGGAGUGGUUGCGUCCGACGAGCCCGAUAGAGGCGGAGGGCUAGCCGGCGUGGAAGGGCGCGGGGGCGAAGUCACGAACGAGGUGUGGCGCGGGCUCGUGGACGCGGCGCAUGUCACGUGGCGGAACGUCACGCCGACCGCGUGCUCGCCGCACCGGCAGGCGCCCUUCAAGCACUGCGGUGGAUUGCACCUGUCGGGACACACAGCACUUUUCGCCCGCUUGGGUAAGACAAAGAAACCAGUGAUGUUGGUGUUCUUUGGUCAUUCACCGCACUACGGAUACAUGCACCUUGUUCAGGAAUUCUACAUAGACGAGGGGGUGUGGUCGGUGUCCCAAACGAGGGGUUGGCCGGCGAGGGCCGGUUUUGGGCACACGGCAGUUUUCGACCCACUCUCCAAAAAGGUGUAUGUUCAUGCCGGCUUAGUGUCGGAAUCGGAGGCAACACAGGCGCCAUCGGCGUCUCUAUACGAGUACGAAAUAGAGACGCGUAUAUGGCGGCCGCUGCCCAGUGCGCCGACGCCCAGAUAUUUGCAUUCCGCUGUUUUUGUAUCGCCAGGGGUGAUGUUGGUUAUCGGUGGCAACUCGCACAACGACAGCGCCGUGGCCACGGUCACCAACCCGGCGAGUGCCAAGUGCUUCUCCAGCGCCGCCAUGUUGUAUGACGUCAGAUGUGGUGUAUGGUGGCCAGCACCGAGUGGUCCCUCAUCAGCUAGAGUGGCGAGUUCGGCUACGCUGUUGCCACGGACAGACCGACGAACUGCUAUCAUAUAUGGAGGUUUCGACGGGCGGCUCCGCUCCGACGCGCUGACGUUCGCGGUGGGCGACAAGUGCUCGGCGCGCGCGGACGAGGCCGCGUGCCUCAACACGGCGCAAUACGGCGCCGCCUGCGUGUGGAAACCGGCCGACGGCUUGUGUGUCGCUAUUGAAGAACUCGGUUGGAAAGAGUCAUUUGACAGUUCUGUAAAGGCAUGCCUUGCUCCCCCUGUUUUUGACGAGCGCCGCUGCAGCGCCGCGGAGUCGUGCGAGUCGUGCGCGGCGGCCGGCUGCGCGUGGUGCGGCGCCUGCGUGCCCGCGCCGCUGCACUGCGCGCGCCACAAGCACCAGAUGGCCGUAACGGUAGAGGAGUGCGGUCAGAGCGGGGCGGGAGGGGAGGUGUGCGGGAGGUACCACUCGUGCGCCGCGUGUCACGCGCAUUUGCAUAGGCAUCCGCAUGGUUCAGAGGAGUUGAGCCAGCGUGCCUGUUAUUGGGAUUACGAUUCGGUCAAAUGUCGCCCCGCUAACACUACUACUGAUAUAAGGAGCGUUGCGAGCGCAGGCGGCGGGUGUAACGCCGCGUGCGCGACGCUAACCACGUGCAUGAAUUGUACCGCCGAGGAGUGCAUAUGGUGCGCCUCCACCGGCCGCUGUGUUGAUAAGAAUGCGUACGGCGCGUCGUUCCCGCUGGGCGGGUGCCGCGCGUGGUCCACCAACUUGUGCGGCGCGGCGGGGGCGGGGGCGGGGGCGGGCGGCUGCGGCGCGCACCUGUCGUGCGCGUCGUGCCGCGCGGAGCCCGCGUGCGGCUGGUGCGACGACGGCGCGGGCGGCGGCCGCGGCGCGUGCCUGCCCGGUGGGGAGCGCCGCCCGCACCACCCGCACGUGUGCCCGCACCGACGGUGGCACUUCACGCGCUGCCCCGCGUGCCAGUGCAACGGGCACGCGGUGUGCGACGGCGCGGCGCGCUGCGUGCAGCCGUGCGCGGCGCGCGCCGUGGGCCCGCACUGCGACGCGUGCGCGCCCGCGCACUGGGGCUCGCCGCUCAACGGCGGCGCGUGCCAGCGUGAGUUCCUACUACUAUCAUCUGACAUAAAUACAAACACCAUAAUAAAGUGCACAGGAAUAAAUAAACGAAUGUAUUCGCCACCGGCAGACGACCUGGCCGUCGACUACCAGUUCACGUUCAACCUGUCCAAGAAGGAGGACCGGCACCUGUCCGCGAUCAACUUCCGGAACGCGCCCGUGAAGCCGGACGUGGACGCGGACUUCAGCAUCACGUGCUCCGCGCACGCGCGCAUGAACCUCACCGUGCGCACGCGCGCCGACCCCGCCGAGCGGACGCUCUUCAGCGACGUCAACUGCACCAACUUCAGAUACAAGUUCGCGAAGUCGGAGCACGCGUUCGGCGUCGAGGACAACGUGACGCUGACCACUUUCUUCGUGUACGUGUACGACUUCCGGCCGCCGCUGUGGAUACAGAUCUCGUUCUCGCAGUACCCCAAGCUGAAUCUGCAGCAGUUCUUCAUCACGUUCUCGUCGUGCUUCCUGCUGCUGCUGCUGGUGGCUGCUGCGCUGUGGAAGAUUAAGCAGAAAUACGACUUGUACAGAAGAAGGCAGCGGUUGUUUGUUGAAAUGGAACAAAUGGCCUCGCGGCCGUUCAGCCAAGUGUGUGUCGAGCUCGAGAGGGGGGGAGCUGGCGGCGGCGUGCCCGCGCCGGUGGCGCUGGAGCCGUGCCGCUGGGGCCGCGCGGCCGUGCUGUCGCUGCUGGUGCGGCUGCCCACGGGCGGCACGGGCCGCGCGCCGCCGCUGGGCGGGCUCGCGGUCGCCUCCGCGCUCGUCACGCUCGGCCACCACGAGCGGGACCGGCCAAGGAACCACAACCAGUGUAAAUAACGAAUGUAAGUGUACAUAGAGACGGUAUUGCUCAAGCGCGCUUCGGAUGAUACUCACGUUGUGUAUAUGUAUAAACUGUUGCCUCGUACAUAGGUUUAAGAUCAGUGUUGCGAUAGAGAACUAGAUGGCGCCACCGGUACGAUAAAUCGCGAUUGACUUGUUUAUACAAUAAUAUGCCAGUACGCGUCCAGAGCUCGCGGAGGACGCACGUGUGUUCGCCCCGUUGAGGGGCUCUUGCUUAUUACGAAUAGUCGUCGAUAAUAAAUAUGAAAAAAUAGAACGGAUUUGGUUUUGAAUCUAUUUCAUGGAUGAUAGAUUGAUAAUAGUUUGUCGAUUUCUUUUUUAUACAAAUGAAAAUACGUUUGGGCUUGCACUUAGUGAAAGUAGAUAGCAUGCUGCAUAUACCAUAAUAUUAUUGAGAUUUUUUUUAUAUUCUUAACAAUUAUGAAUGUCCCUCCAAUUUAAAUGUGCUUUUUAUUGCUAUUAUAUGAAAUCCUUUAUCCUUUUAAUAUACCUGAACUUUGAAUUAACUACCAAUUAAAGUAAGAUAAAUGAAUUGUUUUAGAAAUGAUUGUUUCAUCACAAUCUCCGUGUAAGUCCAAACUAUAUUAAAAAGAAAGUUAUAUAUUUUAUAACGAUACAAAAAAAUCACGACUGUUUUUGAAUUCAGAUAGUGCAGAUUUUGUUACGAUAUGAUUGAAUAUGAAUUUUAAAUAAUCAUGACAUAGCAUAAUUUUCUAUUAUUUAGUAUACAAAUGAUAUCGAGUUUAUAUAUUAUGUACUGUGUAGUCUGUUUUAUUUUGAACAACUGUAAUUUCUUUUUAGGUAAGACCUAGGUUAUCCAUCACAUCAGCGUUUCCGAUCUAGUAUUGAAAUAAACUUCUUAGGCAACUAAUAUUAUUUCUCAUGCAAUAAAUACUGUAUACUUUAAUAUUUUAAACACAGAAUAGAUGCUUUUACACGAAUAAUGUAAAAUGUAAUACAAAAAAUAUAUUUUUUGUUGAUUUCUACGCGAGGCUAGUGUCGCUUUUCCAUAUAUUUAUAUUAAUUUUAUGUUUAAUAGAACAUAAUGGGGUUCUAUGCUUUAAAUUUUCAAGAACUAAUAAUAUAGAGAAGAAAGAUUUGUAUGUACGUAUGUUUGUAAUGUUUUCACACAGAAACUGCUGAACCGAAUUCGGAAAUUCUUACACCAAUUGAAAGCUGCAACUUCACUGAGUGACAUUGGCUAUGUAUGGUAAUUAUUUUGAUUACAAUCAUUUUUUAUUGUUUUAGAAAGAAAAUCUAAUAAAUGUAAUAAAAUAUGUAAGUUUUGGUGUAUAAACGGUUAGUCAGCUGUAUCGCCUCGCGUAGCAAUGGACUAUAACUCGUAAGGUCAUAGUAAUAAGUACGAAAAUGUAUAUAACGCAACUAUGACAAGUAUAUUUUGGUGACUGAUGUGUAAAUCGUGUAUGGGCUUGCAUUUAAACAUGGAUUACGAAGUCUAAAAUGACUGGAUAUUAAAUAUAUUCGAUACAGUAUAUUAGAACACUAGUUAUAUACCGCGGUUCAACACAUUUCCGUAGUUACAUAGCGUAUAACCUUUCCCGAUACAUCAAAAAACCUUCAAUACAACUAGUUCUUGAGAGUAAAUUAUUUUUUCCUGUGUGUCAAUUACUGCUAGAUAUACGCAUUAAAAUAUUAUUAUAAACCGAGCCUGUUUUACUGCUGGGCAAUGGCGACCUCCCCCAAUAUUUUUUUUUCCUUUCGCUAUGCAACAGUCGUAAUUUAAAUUUUAACCGUUUUUUUUUAUAUGAAGUCAAUACUUGAAUGUUUUUCUUUCUAUAUUUUAUUUUAAUAUCAAAAAGUGUUCAUUCAAUACAUUUUAUACUUCGUAAUAAACGAUUUUGUGUCAGAUUAUAUAAACAAUGGAUAUUUUUAAGUUAUUUAUUAUGACCUUUUAUUAGAAUUAACUGCGAAACCUAAAAUUUUUAUUUUUUAUUAUCAUCACUAAUCAAUAUAAUAGGACACAUCGCCUUAUAAAUAUUGAAUUAAAUAACAUAGUCAUAGCAUAUUGUGGUAUUUUAUUCGAGUUUUAGGAUAUAUUAUAGAUGUUAGGAUGUCAUUUUUUUACAUUUCCCGCCCUACUGUUUCGGGGUCAGCGCUUUGGGUUUGAGCAGACACGGUAAUUUUGAAAUUGAGGUUGGAUUGUCGAAUUUAGAAUGUUUGAAGAGUAUUUUUUCAUUCCCUAUAUAUUUAACAUAAUCAAUCAAAAUAGAUUUGUUUCUGCAGCAAAAAUAGACGACUCGUUUCUAUUUCAAAAGGAUGUAUUAUGUAAGACCUGUCUACAUAUCAGCAUUCACUCUUAUACGUUCAGUUGCUCAGACGUUUAGUAUGAUAGACAGACAGAAGCUGUGUUCCGAAAUUGAAAUCUCACUCUUUGAAAUUACCUCAGGUUAGUGUUUACCCCAAUGCACUAGGUAUCAAACUGCCAAUUACCUCACUCAUGUCAUCCACUUGUCAGUCAUGCUAGGCCAAUUUUGAUUGGAUUUCACUUUUCCCGCGUUCGACUUUAUGACGUUAUAUUUAGUUGAAGUUUCUCGCUUCGCUCGCGUGGAACUCGUGUUAUCUCCUACUUCACCUUCAAGCUUUCUUGUUUUUUAUUAAAUGCAAGUUAUGUUCUUCAAGGUACGUUCUGUACGUACGUACGUAUAGUACGGAUUUCGUCGAAGGUGAUUUCUUCGUAUUCAUAAAAAUAAAAUUGUCGUCUUUUUACAUAUGAGACUUUACGAGUGUGUUUCUAUAAAACGUUUGAACUGCUCGUGCAAUUAUAUUUUCUAUUGAUCUUCUAGUUCUAUGGUCAUAAAGUGUAACGCAUCUUUUAUAUUUCAUCCACAACAUUUCAUACUAAUUUUAAAUGGUGGGAGGAGGGGGCUUUUAUCAAUGUAAAUUGUAGUUAUCUCGGAUGAUUAUAAUUGUCAUGCAAAAACAAUUUUAUAUUCACUUUUUUAUUAUUUGGAUAUUAGGUAAAAGCCCCUCCCCCUCCCUAAAAAUGAAACGCAUACAUCACGAUAUCAAGUCAAUCUCCUUUGAUCUCAUUUUUUCUCUACUCUUCCCAUUAGAUACUGCCACUAAAGCAAUCCCUUAGUUUGACAAUAUUAGGCUAGGUGCGUACGGAGGCACGGCAUGAGUUAGGGCUGCUACAGAUGAGUGACUGUAAAAUUGUAUAAAACUGUAAUUUAUUUAUCAGUGUUACACUAAUAUUAUGCUAUUUAUAAUUUAACCGAGUAUAAAAUACAAAAAAAUAAAAUAAUUUAAUACGUAUAUGUUGUAUAAAAUUGUUUUUAAUAAAGAUGUAUUACCUAUACAUUACGUGUACGUUAUUCCAUAUAAACUCACUCAUUUAAUUUUUAUUGUAAUUCCACUCACUCGUGAUAAAUACGUAAAGGUUAGCUCACUCAUGUCUACCUCAUUUUAUUGUAUCCAUUGUAAGCGUCAGUGUCGUGCCUUCGUUAUAUUAGCGUGUUUGAAAUUAUUCGUACCCAUGUAUGUAUAUAAUUAUCGAUCGAGAAUGAGUGAGUUCGGUGCUUUGGUUCUGUGAGUGAGUCCAUUUUUAUGAGUUGGACAAAAAUGAGAAAUUGUUGUUUUUUUUACAUCCAAAGUUAUCUCAUACUCUGAAUGACUAUUAAAUAAACAAAUCUCUUUACAUAGCAUUGUUCAGUUAACCAGUGAAUGAGAAAAUUUUGAACUAUAUGGUGAAUUUUUGUUACAAAAAGUAUAAGUCAAAAUUUUAAUGAGUAUGGAAACUUUUAUGAAUCUUUAUUUUUUUUUAUUGCAACUUUAAUUGUAUCUGCUUUUACAAGCUUAGAAAUAUCUUUAGAAUACGUAAAAGAUGAGUGCAAAACCUUAAGGAUUUGUCUCUUUUACAAUGAUUAUGAUUGAGUUAGAGUUAUUUGCUUCCAAUUAUAUUUUACAUUCUUGUUAAGGAAAGAGCACGCUAUAUUAACUGCAUAUGCCUGAUCGUAAUGUUAGAGAGAGAUGCAUAUAUUUUUCUUAGUCAUUAUCCUCAAGCCAGUAAAUUAUUUUCAUGAACUUUACAAUUUUUUUUUUGGAAUAUAAUGAAUAUCACAAUUUAAUGUGACUCUAAAUGUAGGAAUGCUAUUAUUUAUUAUUUUAUUAUUAUUAUUUAACAUUUAAGAUUAUGUUGUAGAAUUUUUUAAUGGAAUGAAAUCGCCGAUUUUUUUUUAAAUAGCCUGUUAGUAACACAAUAAAAAAUAAAAUAUGAAAUUCAAUAAUGCAAGCUAAAUAUUAUUUUAUCAAAUGUCUAUGUAUUUGAAUAUUGUGUGGUUAUUGUCAUUUGACCAGUUUCGCUUACAAAUCAAUGUAAUUAGAUUUAAACUAUAAUUCAUCACAAUACUAUUAUAAUAUUAUGCGAAAUAUUUAUUUAUUUAUUUUAUUUUUCAAUAUAAUACACCUAUACUAGCAUAUAAUGAUACAAUUAUCGCUCGAUUGCUAUUUUUUAAAUAAAAAACACACGUUUAAGAAGUAAUAAAUACAUUAGUUCGAUUAACGAACUUUGUUUAGCGAACUGCCCCGUUACGGUGACAUCAGUUCGAUUAACGAGAUUUGUUUAGCGAACUGCCCCGUUAAGGCCAUUGAUAGUGUUCUUAUUUUAAGAGUGUGGGUGUCUUAUAUCCAUUCAAGUUCAUAUAAUUGUUGCCAAACGAACUUUUGUAUUCACAAAUAACUAUUUUUGUAUUUAAUUAUAUUGAGAUAGAUGCCAUAUAGAUGUCGUAGGAUUUUACAUUUUUUAUCUUUGUUCUAAUAGAUUUGAAUUUGAAAUGAAUUUUUUAGUGUUAUUUUUAAACUGUGUUACAUCACAACUUUUCCAACAUAAAUAAAAAUAAAUAUAAUUACAUUUAGCUGUAAAUACGCUAUAGUUGCAAUACAUACAGUAUUUGUAAAAUAUAUAAUCGUAAGGUGUGCCCACACUCGUGUAUGAUACUACGAAUAUCGUGUAGCUAUGUAAUUUUGUUGAAAUUAUAUAUUAUUAACUAAGCGUAAACGUGUAACGAACGUUGUAAAUAUCCUGAUAUAUAAAUUAUUGUAUUUCAUAAUAAAAUUUAACGAACAUU